AUGUUUGGUGUUCAGGUUUUCAGAUGGAUGCAAAAACAGCGAUGGUAUAUCGCUGAUAAUGGGAUUUACUCAAAAUUGAUAUCAGUUAUGGGAAAGAAAGGUCAAACCAGAAUGGCUAUGUGGCUUUUCUCGGAGAUGCGUAAUACUGGAUGUCGUCCUGACACUUCUGUGUAUAAUGCACUCAUCACGGCCCAUCUUCAUUCGCGGGACAAAACAAAGGCUUUGGCCAAGGCCAUUGGCUACUUUCAGAAGAUGAAGGGAAUGGAGCGGUGUAAGCCAAACGUUGUUACAUACAACAUUCUUUUGAGAGCUUUUGCUCAGGCUCAAAACGUCGAAAGGGUCAAUUCUUUGUUGAAGGAUCUUGAUGAGAGCUCUAUUUCUCCGGAUAUUUACACUUUUAACGGUGUCAUGGAUGCUUAUGGUAAAAAUGGGAUGAUCCGUGAAAUGGAAGCAGUCCUUGCUCGAAUGAAAACCAGUCAGUGUAAACCUGACUUGAUCACUUUUAACUUGUUGAUUGAUUCCUAUGGGAAGAAGCAGGAAUUUGAAAAGAUGGAGCAGGUGUUUAAGAGUUUGUUGCACUCCAAGGAGAGACCAACACCUUCCACCUUCAAUUCAAUGAUUUUGAACUAUGGGAAGGCACGGCUUAAGAAUAAAGCAGAAGAAGUUUUCAAGAGCAUGACUGACAUGGGUUACACCCCAACCUUUGUUACGCAUGAGAGUCUCAUCUAUAUGUAUGGCCUCUGUGAUUGUGUCUCCAGUGCUGUACAAUUGUUUGAUGAGCUGGUUAAUUCAAAAAUUCAUAUAAAAGUUUCAACCCUAAAUACUAUGCUUGAUGUUUACUGCUUAAAUGGUUUACCACAGGAAGCACAUUCACUGUUUGAGAGGGCAAAAAAUAUAAAAAUAUAUCCAGAUUCAUCAACAUAUAAACUUCUUUAUAAGGCUUACACUAAAGCAAAACAGAAGGAGCUUCUAGAUAUAUUGCUGGCGCAUAUGGAUAAAGAUGGUAUUAUCCCUAACAAGAGGUUUUUCUUGAAUGCUUUCAAUGGUGUUGCAUCUGUACCAGCAAAUUCAGAAUCUGCUAAUGUUGCAACUGAUUCAAACACUGCAAAUUCAGAAUCUGCUAUUGCUGCAGCUGAUUCAAACAUAGAAAAUUCUGAAUCUGCUAAUGCCGCAACUGAUUCAAACUCAUCAAAUUCUGAAUCUGAUAAUGCCGCUACUGAUUCAAACACAUCAAAUUCAGCUAAUUCCACAACUGACUCAAACGGCCCCAAGAUUUUGCAAAGUUGGCAACUCACGUAA